CACGGACACCGAAACUGACGACCAAACAGCCCGUUUGUAUUUGUUUACCGUAAAUAUCUCGAGUUUAAAUCAUCUCUGUGACGGAGUUCAUCAAAUGUUAUGACCAUAUUUUAUUUCAUUAUUAUCACUUUAUUUCCCAUCUAAUUAAAUUAGAUUAGUUGUUUUAUUGCGAUCACCGGUCUCGGAACCUUAAGUUACACCAGUACCGGCACCGUCAUGGUUCUGUCUCCGGGGAACAAGCUGAAAGUCUUCCAGCUGGUCUUCUCGGACCCCGGCCGGUCCUUCUACAGCAGCGGGGAGAAGCUGUCCGGCUCCGUGCUGCUGGAGGCGGCUCAGCCCUGCAGGGUGACCGGCCUCAGGGUCACCGCCGCCGGCUGCGCCCGGGUGGAGCACCGCGGCGGGAAGAACCGCAAGAACCGGAGCCAGGAGGUGGAGUACCUGAAGUACGAGGAGGAGCUGCGGCUGGAGGAGCAGCUCAGUAAAGGCUCAGACGGCUGCUUCCUGCUGCAGCCGGCUAAAACCUACAGCUUCCAGUUCGGCUUCGAGCUUCCUGCGGCCGGGCGCCUGGUGUCGUCCUACAAAGGAAAGUUCGGCUACGUCCGUUACUACGUGCGGGCGGUGCUGGACAAGCCUUCCCAGCAUGCUUUGCAGUGUGAGAGGGAGUUUGAGGUGGAGGAGCCGCUGGAUGUGAACCGACCCGACCUGCUGGCUCCGGCUGCAGCCUCCAGACAGAAGAAGGUCACCUGCAUGUUCAUCCCUGACGGCCAGGUGUCCGUCAGCGCUCGGAUCGACAGGAAGGGCUUCUGUGAGGGAGAAGACAUCAACAUCAGCGCCAAGUUUGAGAACACCUGUUCCCGUAUCGUGGUCCCGAAGGCCGCCAUCAUCGCCAAACACUCGUAUGUGGCCGACGGACACACCAAGGUUUUUCGUCAGAAACUGUCGGCGGUCCGAGGAAACCACAUCAUCUCCGGGAUGUGCGACAUGUGGCAGGGGAAGACCAUCCGAGUCCCCAAACUGAAGCCGUCGCUGCUCGGCUGUGACAUCAUCAAGGUGGACUACGCCCUCAUGAUCUACCUGCACAUCCCCGGCAGCGAGAAGCUGGUCCUGGAGCUGCCCCUGGUCAUCGGGACGAUCCCGUUCAGCGGCGUGGGCAGCAGGACCAGCAGCAUGAGCAGCCAGGCCGGGUCCCUGAGCAGCCAGGCCGGGUCCCUGAGCAGCUGGUCCUCCUUGCCCUCGGCCCCUCCCAGCUACAGUAACAUCCACAGAGACCUGAGGGUGGACGGCCCCCGCACCCCGCUGCUCCAGGACUACGACGGCGUGGAGGACGACGAGGACGAGGGCGGGCUCUUCAUGAGAGCGCCGGAGGUGUACUACCCCCCGCCCCCCGCCUACAGCGAGGUCGAUCAGGGCGCCGUCAACCCUCCUCAGGUUGUUCAGGUCUUCUGAGUACGACUUCUGCUCCAGCCACACGGCCGCCGGCAUGACGGGGCCGACCGCCUGAGCUCGCCCGCCCGCCGGUGACACUCAGGACAGCGGCCGAGCCCCAGGACCGCCACGACUCGCCGUCUCCCGGCUUUGGCACUUUGUUUUGUUGUGAAAAGUUUUUUCUACGACAGUUUCAGGAAGUUCCAGCUGUAAAUAUGAUGUAAAUAAAUGCAGAUGUUUAUUUUUUUACUAAUAAAUCAGUUCAUGACUUUAAA